CGAACACAAACACAUUCCAACCUAAACAAACACAAGCUCCAAAUGCCGGGUAAUGUGUAACUGUAAGGUCCCAAAUUUGCCCAUUUAUCUGUUUAUCCCUCAGGAAUUGAUUAACAAGAGAGAAAAAAAUGAUGAAGCAGAUGCUAGGCUGCUGCAAGAUUUACAUCUCCGAAAGCCGGAACAAAGCCGCGCUGGACUCCAUCGAGCGAGCCGCCAAGCUUUUCUCCGACGCCCCAAUCGUCAACAAGUUCGAGGACGCCAUCUACAACCGGGUCGGGUACACGCUGGUCUCGGAUCCAGCUCCGCUGAAGGGCGCGGCUUUCGAGAUGGUGCGAGCCGCUUUGGAGGCCAUCGACCUCGAGAGGCACUGCGGGUCCCACCCGCGGCUCGGCGUGGUCGACCAUGUGUGCUUCUUCCCGUUGGGCGGGGGCUCGUUGGAGAGAGUCGCCGGCGCGGCGAAAUCGCUGGGUGCUGAUGUGGGCUCUCGGCUCCAUGUGGCUACGUUCCUGUACGGAGCCGCACACCGUGAAGCACGGUCACUCGACUCCAUCAGAAGGGAGCUGGGCUACUUCAAGCCCAAUGCAGAUGGAAACCAAUGGACUGGUGGGCCACACUCAGAAGCACUGCAACUCAGCCCGGAUGAGGGCCCGUCUCGUGCUAUCCCAAAAAAGGGCGUUAUCGUAAUUGGAGCCACUCGUUGGGUCGACAAUUACAAUGUUCCGAUUUUCACGACCGACAUGGCCAAAGUUCGAAAGAUUGCAAGAAGGGUCAGAAAACCCUCCGUGCAAUCAAUGGCGCUUGCUCAUGGUAAAGGUAUAAUUGAGAUUGCUUGUAAUUUAUUGGAUACGAGUGACGUUGAUGGUGAUUUUGUUCAGAAAGAAGUCGAGAGGCUUGCCGGGGAAGAAGGUUUGGUUGUUGGGGAGGGUUAUUAUACUGAUCUUUCGCAGGAGAAACUUGUCGAGAAGUAUUUAAACCUUGUUAAUCGUUCGUUCGACUAGCAAUUGAAGUCAUUGGAAUGUAUUUUUUUUUUUCUUUUUCAAGAAAAAAGUAAAGAAAAGCUGAAAUAGUUGAUUUAUUGAACUUGUGAUUGCAUUUUGUUGAUUUGUGUGCAAUUCUCUGCAAAUUAUGUAUAUUGAAGUUAUCGUUUUCGAUUGGAUUUUGUUCAUAUUCGUG